GGAAUGGUCCGACAGGGCUAUUGAAGAAGUAUUUAAACUUCUUUGGCAAUGUUAGUGAACACGAUCAAAGAAUUUUUAAUCUUUCUUUAUUUAGAUUAAGGUUAAACUAAAUAAAAUGAAUGUAGGAUUAAAAGUUAGAGAUCGUCGGUUAUCUAUAUGAUCGCGACAGGCUGGGUCACUAAUGGGUGUCUGAAAUGAUGCUUAAUGCACAGUCGAAAUUUUUAGUUAUACUUAUAGCUAAUAGAAUAAACGAAUUCAAAGUUAUUCUAGUUUUUUAUAUAUGCCUUUACAUUUAUAUUAAAUAAAUUUGUACGUUUUACCUUAUGGUCAAAUGUCACUAUGAGGUGCUACUGUUAUUACUAACCUUAUGAGUGCCAUCCCUUGAGUAGGACAAGAUAUUGUUGAAUUUAUUUGAGGUGGUUUAAACACAGUUGGACCACAUUACGGUGACGUAAUGUUAAAAAUUUUGCUUAAUGCUGGAAAAUCCCCCAAUUUAGGAUUUGCAUACGAUUUAUUCUUGAUUUUAACAACAAUUAUUUACGUAAAAAUUGCAUUGACAUGGGGACAAUCAGCAGGGGUGAGAAGUAUACACACUUCAGAAGCCUCUCAGAGACUACAUGCAAAAGAUCUCUCAUAUGCUUAUUUAGUAGGUUUAUUUGAAGGUGACGGUUAUUUUACUGUUACAAAAAAAGGUAAAUAUCUAGCCUAUGAAUUAGGUGUUGAAUUGUCUAUUAAAGACGUUCAAUUGAUAUAUAAAAUUAAAAAUCUUUUAGGUGUAGGUGUAGUAAGGUUUAGAACAAGAAAUGAAAUUGAAAUGGUAUCUUUAAGAAUUAGGAAAAAAGACCAUUUAAAAGAAUUUAUUAUACCUAUUUUUGAUAAAUACCCUAUGUUUUCUAAUAAACAACUUGAUUACUUAAGAUUUAAAGACGCACUAUUAUAUGGUACUAUAUAUUCAGAGGAUUUACCUAAAUAUAUUAGAGAUAGUAAACCUAUAAAUUCGAUAGAAUCUAUUACAAGUGCUUCUUAUUUUCCCGCUUGAUUGGUAGGAUUUAUAGAAGCUGAAGGUUGUUUCAGUAUUUACAAAUUACACAAAGAUGAUGAUUAUUUAGUGGCUAGUUUUGAUAUUGCUCAAAGAGAUGGAAAGG